AUGGAGAAUCACCGCCGCGACGAUUCGCCGUCCGGUUUAUCAGAUAUUGUCGAAGGCGAUGGCUUGCUCGGCACCGGAUUGACUACCCGUCACAUUGAAGCUUUCGGGCGAAAGGUCACAACAACCGCUGGACACUUGAUAGGACCGACCGACCAGAACAACGCCCAUUAUCAAAAUGCGAUGAGCGACAUUCACCGCGAACUGCGCCGACCAGCGGCGCAGCGCAAGGUCUUCUCCCUUACCCAGACGACCCCGACUGAUCUCGUGCGCUCGAGAUUGUCCACCACCGAGAUCCAGUCGCGUGCCAUCUCCUCCCUCCCAGAUGAGCUUCUCGCCAACAUUCCCGAGGACAGCAGCUCCUACUCCCUAUUCCAAGGCUUCCAGGUGUCUAUGCCUGAGGAGGACCCCACGCAAAAACGACACCGUCGGCGCAGCUCGAAGAAGGCACUGAAGGAUAGUGAGAAGGGCGGUGCCCUGACUGCUGGUCCGGCUGGGCUGAAGGAGGAACGGAAAAUGCUGAGCCGCCGACUGGACCAAAUGGGUAUCCGGAAGAACAUGUGCAGCGCCGAAAUUCACGAGAUAGACAACAAGGUUGCCAAUUUACACAAAAUGCGCCAGAUUGUGCUCGACCGAUUAGCCGGCUUGGAGAUGGAUGAGGCGGCGCUGGAACACGAUUUGACGGAGCUCGAUAAUAAGCUAGAAGACUUCCCUGAAGAAACGCCUGAGACUUCCGCCACUGCCGAGACACCCCAGACCUCCGACGCCAACGACGAGUCUGUUGCGUCUUCCGGCGACCCAGCUAUGGAUGCAUCUUUCAUGUCCGAAUCUAUAUAUGAGAAACUGCCCAAUUCGUCGCCGAAGAGUUUGCGCCAUCGAUCUAUAAGAAAACGCUCGAUGCCGAUCCUCCACGAACACUUUGCUCCGGGAUCUCUAAUUAAGGAGAUUCAAGCACACACUGAUAUGGUCACCGCGAUUGAUUUCGACUAUCCAUUUGGUACGAUGGUCAGCGCAGCUUUGGACGACACUGUGCGUGUUUGGGACAUGAACGUUGGCCGCUGCUCGGGAUUUUUAGAAGGACACCAUGCCUCGGUUCGUGCCUUGCAGGUGGAGGAUAAUAUCGUGGCGACAGGAUCUAUGGAUGCAUCUGUUAGGUUGUGGGAUCUGAGCCGUGCUCGGCCCGCUACUCGCAAUGGUCGUCUGAACAAGCAUGAGCGGGACGAAGAGGAAUUGUUUGAGCACCCUGCUCCAUCAUCGUCCAACUUCGAAGAUUGUCAUGUAUUUACGCUAGACGCCCAUGUUGAUGAAGUCACUGCGCUCCACUUCAAGGGUAACACGCUUAUUUCAGGUUCCGCCGACAAGACAUUGCGCCAGUGGGAUCUUGUUAAAGGACGAUGUGUCCAGACUCUGGAUAUCUUAUGGGCAGCUACUCAAGCCUCCACCGGCACGUCAACAGAUGGAACUUGGCGACCAUCUGGUCGCCUUCCAGAUGCGUCUGCUGACUUCGUUGGGGCUUUGCAGUGCUUUGAUGCUGCCUUGGCCUGCGGAACGGCUGAUGGCAUGGUCCGUCUCUGGGAUCUGCGUAGUGGUCAGGUUCAUCGAAGCCUCGUCGGUCACACUGGUCCGGUCACUUGUCUACAAUUCGAUGACAUGCAUUUGGUGACGGGUAGUCUUGAUCGAAGCAUUCGGAUCUGGGAUCUGCGAAUGGGCUCGAUAUCUGAUGCCUACGCCUACGAAAAACCCAUUACCAGCAUGAUGUUUGACUCCAAGCGCAUUGUGGCUGCCGUCGGCGAUACCGUCGUGAAGGUAUACGACAAGGCCGAUGGUAACCAUUGGGACUGCGGCGCUGGCGUUGGUAUCGACGAUGAGGGUCCAUCCCCAUCUACUGUCGAGCGUGUUCGACUCAAGGAUGGAUACCUUGUUGAAGGUCGCAAAGACGGCACAAUGGCUGCAUGGACAUGUUAA